GGUUAGCUCGUCUCGAUUUCUCCAUUUCCUCGAUUUCCCCACAAACCCCGCCUCUGGGGUAGGUUUUGUCUCAUCCUUGUUGUAUUCCGGGGAGGGUUCUCAAUGCAAUUCUUCAGUAAUUCUCCGCACAGAGCUCUCCCGUGUCUACAAGUGGCGUUGCUUGGGGGUUGUUCAACGUGACAGUGUAGAUGUCAGUUGUGUGCUUUAUCAAGGAGCUAUAUCUGCUGCUGUUCCUACUCCUUAUAUCUCAUGUCGACACAGAGAAGGGACUCACAUUGAAGCACUCAUCUGAUCUCUAAGUUAACCCAGCCUCAAUAAAUCUUUUUACAAUGUCAACAUCGAUAAAGGGGAAAGACGACACUGUUGUUGAGAUGGUGGAGAACUCCCUUUCCAACUCCCCUUCCAACUUGGAUCAAAAGGCCGAGGAGCAUGAAUUUAUGGAGGCUGAGAACCAAAUGACCUUGUGGCAAGCUGCUGUAGCCCACAAGCGUAUCCUUCUCUACUGCAUUGUGCCCUAUCUCUGUGGCAUGACUUAUGGUUACGACGUUAUUGCAAAUGGAGCGACCCUCGCGAUGCCUAGUUUUCUGAUCUACUUUGGAGCUUUCGACUCGGCUGGCAAUCUUUUUAUUCCUUCCAUCUGGACCUCUCUAUGGGUAGCUAUGACCAACCUUGGCCAAGCCGUUGGCUCUUUCGCCGGCGGCCCUCUUGCACAUCGCUUCGGCCGUCGAUAUGUCAUCAUGGCCUUCUCCAUUGUGAGCAUUGUCGGCGUUUCUCUCCAGUUCACUGCCACAACUAGAGGCAUAUUGCUCGGGGGUAAAAUCAUCAACGGCUUUGCCGUCGGUGGGUUACUGGCUGUGGGAACGACAUAUGCAUCAGAGGUUGCCCCACUUCGUCUACGAGCGCCAGUUCAGCAGGGCUUGGUCUUCUGCGCAGUAGUUAUGCAAGGUUGUGGGUUGGGCGUCAUACGAGCAUUUGUAACAAGAUUGGAUCCCGCUGCCUUCCGCAUUGUGUUCGGGCUUCAAUGGGUCGUUGGGUCAUUGCCCUUACUUGCAUUCUUCAUACCAGAAUCACCCACUUGGCUUCUUUCUCGUGGUCGCACGGAUGAUGCAAGGGCCUCGUUGAAUCGUUUAUACAAGAAGAACAAUGUUGAGUUACGCCUAGAUGCGCUACAAGCCACACUGACGGCUGAGACGGCUGGCGAGAAAGAAGGCUCCUUUAUCGAGUGCUUUAAGGGCACAAACUUGAAGAGAACUGCUACAGUGUCCCUUCUGUUUUUCGGAAGUGGUGGCCUAAUCGGCGCGUCUUUCCUGAGUCAAAAUAUCUAUUUCUUGCUUACUGUAGGUCUGGAAGCUGUGCAUUCUUUCGACAUUGGCAUCGGAGGGUUCUUUUUGGCUUGUGUUGCUAUUGCCAUUGGCUGGUUUUUUACAGAUGUCAUUGGCCGAAGAACACUCUGGCUUGUUGGCGUCUCUGGCAAUGCUGUUGCAAUGGCGGUGAUUGGUGCUCUGUCAUUCGAUUCCUCGAGGGCUGGACUUUGGGCCAUCGCUGUCUUGAUGAAUGUCCUCAUCUCGUUUCAAAUCUACACCUGCGUCUCGACCUCCUGGACUAUGGCGCCCGAACUCUCCUCAUACCGCUUACGACAACAUACCCAAUCGUUCGGCUACAUCAUCCAGGCACUCUCCUCGUGGUUUUUCCAAUUCAUCGUACCAUACAUGUACAACAUCGACAGCGGCAAUCUAGGAGCUAAAACCGGAUUUGUUUUUGCUGGUACCAGUGUUUUGCUCUUCUGCAUCUCGUGGUUCGUAGUUCCCGAGACAUCUGGGCUUAGUGUCGAAGAUAUUGAUGCCGCAUAUAUUGAUCGCGUAUCGCCGAGGAAGUUUCACCUUAGAAGGCAGGCGGCCAUUGGAGUGUAAAUGGGGCCAUAGUGUAG